CAGAUUACCAAAUAUCAAGCAAUCGCAUAAUACUCCACCACCGUCUGCUUCCGUGCUGCUGAUAACUGAUUGCUUUACUCUGCGCUGAGACCGGCUGGUUAUCGAAAGCAGAAUCAUGAAUUAUCCGGUAUAUAAUGGAUCCGCGGACGCCUCGACCAUCGCCCCGUCCGCAGCGCUAUCGCCUGCCGACAACGAGGUCGAGGACGAGGACGAGCUGCCUAUCUUUGCGCUCGAGCGCGUGCAGCUGCAGUUCCAGAUCUCGUCGCUGGCGUCGAUGGCGGUCUCGAAUAAUAUCCUCUAUCUCGCAGUCACCAGCGGGCGCAUUCUCCGCAUCGAUCUAAACAAUCCGCAGGAUAUCGACGACGUCGAAUUGCCAAAGCUAAAAGCGCCGGGGACAGGCAGCGUCAGAGAGAUCUUCCUGGAUCCGACAGGGUCUCAUUUGCUUGUGACUACAUCCACCGCGGAGAACUUUUAUCUGAACGCGCGCUCGCCGAGAGCGAAGCACCUGUCGCGAAUGAAGGGCAACAUCAUCUCCGCCGUCGCCUGGAACCCCAGCGAGCCAAGCUCGUCGACAAAGGAGAUCCUGAUCGGUACCGCCGACGGAAAGGUUAUCGAGACCUACAUCGAGCCUUCGGAAGAGUUUUUCAAGCGCGAAGAACGUUUCUCGCGGUUGGUCUGGAAAGUCCCCGGCGGCCUCCCCGUCGACGGACUCUAUGUCGAGCUCUUGCCCGGGAAGCCAGAUAUGCGCCGCUUGCUCGCUGCCACGGGAGGUAGGUUAUGGCACUGGGUCUCGCGCAUUGUCAGACACGCGCCAGGGGAUUACAGCCCGACGUUUACCAAGUUUUUCGACGACGAGAACACGGCGGCCGUGCAUGUGGAUUAUAGUACCGCGGGCGAUCCAGUCCUUGCUAUAUCGCCCGAUGACGAGAAUUUCUCGGACGACAAGGCGUUUGCGUGGUUGAACAGCGCGGGCGUUUAUCAUGGCAAACUGUAUACCGCGCCGACCACGCCCGGGCUCGGUUCCAUUAUCUUUCAGGACUCUAAGCUAUAUCCGGAGAGCAGUUUACCAAGCAGCCCAGCUUCGAUAUCGAGCAUCACGCUCACAAAAUACCACGUCCUCAUCCUGCGCGACCACGAGAUCCUCGCCGUCAACCUGCUCGACAACACCAUCGUCUUCGACGAGCGCCUUCCCGCGUCCGACCGCUUCAUCGGCGUGACCUCCGACGUCAAAAACUCAACCUACUGGGCCUACUCUACCGACUCGAUCUUUGAGAUCACCGUCACGGACGAGGACCGGGAUAUCUGGCGCAUCUACCUUGAGCAAAACAGGUUCGACGAGGCGCUGCGGCUCGCGAGGACGCCGAAGGAGCAGGACGCGGUCGCGAUUGCAAACGGAGAGUUCUUGUUGGAGAAUAAUAGUUUCCUGGAGGCCGCGAAUGUUCUCGGACAGAGCAGUAAACCGUUUGAGUCAGUCGCCAUUCAGUUUGUGGAGAAGAAGAAGAUUGAUGCGUUGAGGAGGUACUUGUCUGUCAAGCUGUCUUCCUAUAAACCCAGUCACGUUAUGCAAAGGAUAAUGCUGGCAAGUUGGAUUGUGGAGCUGUUUAUGGAGAAAAUGAACUCUCUCGAGGACUCGAUGGCGACGAAAGAAUCCGAGCGCACGACCGAGCCCGAGAUCAAACCCGCGACCAACGGUAACCACAAACAGCACAAAUUAGGCGAGGUCACUGAAGACGAGACAGCGCAACUAUUUGAGAAACCCAAGAAGCCGCGCCGGCCGUCUGAGAACGCGGCUGAGGCUGAGCUCAAGCGGGUGCGCGACGAGUUCCACGAGUUUGUGGAGAAGCACAAGAACGCACUAGAUCGGAAGACAAUCUACGAGAUUAUUUCGUCGCAUGGGCGACAGGCCGAGUUGCUUUUUUACGCAAACAGCGUCGGGGAUUAUUCGUAUGUGCUCUCGUACUGGGUGCGUUUGGAGAAGUGGACGGAGGCGCUGCAGGUGUUGAGGAAGCAGAGCGAGCCAGAGAUUUACUACAAGUACUCGACUGUGCUGCUGGUUAAUGUGCCAAAGGAGACGGUGGAUACCUGGAUGCGCAUGCCGGAUCUGUCGCCGCGGAAACUGAUCCCGGCGAUUCUGUCGUACAGUUUAACUGUCGGACCGGGCGAGCAGAAUCUGGCAGUAAGGUAUCUGCUGUACGCAAUCAACAGUCUGAAGAGCAAGGACUCGGCCGUGCACAACACGCUCAUCUCGCUGUACGCGAGCGACAAGAGUAGAGACGAGAGCGCGCUGCUGGAGUACCUGCAAUUCCACGACCUCGAGCGAUGCUACGACACCGAUUUCGCGCUACGGCUGUGCAUCAAGCACCAGCGCGUGCAGUCCUGCAUCUUUAUAUAUUCGUCGAUGGGUCUGUACGAGGAAGCAGUCGAUCUCGCGCUCAAGAACGAUAACAUCGAGCUUGCGAGCGUGGUAGCGGAUCGGCCGUCCGACGAUGCGCCGCUGGGGAAAAAGCUGUGGCUGCGGGUCGCGCAGCGCGUGAUCAACAAAGAGCACGGGAUCAAGUCUGCGAUCGAGUUUCUGAAGCGAUGCGAGCUGCUCAAGAUUGAAGAUCUGCUGCCGUUUUUCCCUGAUUUCGUCGUGAUUGACGAUUUCAAAGAGGAGAUCUGCGCCGCGCUGGAGGAUUAUUCAAAGUCGAUCGAGUUGCUGCGGAAGGAGAUGGAUGAGUCUGCCAAGACUGCGGAGACGAUCCGUGCGGAUAUCGCGGGCCUGGGGUCGCGGUUUGCGAUCGUCGAGCCUGGCGAGCGGUGUUUUAUCUGCUCGUACCCGCUUCUGUCGAGGCAAUUUUACGUGUUUCCUUGUCAGCACGCGUUCCACGGCGACUGCCUCGUGAAGAAGAUCUCUGAGAUCUCCAACGUGCGAGUGCGGCGCCGGAUCGCGGAGCUGCAGCUCGAUACGCAAAAGGCGGUGACGGCUGCUCCCGCGCCUGCUACUACCGGUGGAGCGAACGCCGCCGGCGCAGCAGGAGCGGUGCUGGAUGAACUUGAUGCGUUGGUGGCGGCCGAGUGUAUUUUGUGCGGGCCGUAUAUGAUUAAUAGCAUCGACGAGCCGUUUGUGUCGGAGAAGGAUGGGCAGGCUGCUGUAGAGUGGGAGAUGUAAUAUCGUUUAUCUUGGAGGAUAUGUUUUGGGCAGUGUUUUUUUGUGUACAAGUUAUAAGUUUACUCAGCGGGUGUUUACUCUAUCGUCAAUACUGCAUUUCAUUUCUCAUAUGCAUAGUUUAAUAAAUCUAUU